CCUGUUCUGUAUAUAAUGCCAGUGCUGAUCAAGAGUUCCAAAUUAUUGCAAAGGAAUUAUGAAAUUAAGAACUACAAUAAAAAAGUUGUGUUCAUUGAAAUGAUUGUUCAAUUGUGUUGUCAUUUUUAUGCAUUCAGGACACCGCUGAUGUUAGCAUGCACCAAGGAUGAUCUUUCUGUGGUCCAGAUUUUAGUACAAAAUGGAGCAAACCUGAACCUAAAAAACAAAGAUGGAUGGAACUGUUUCCACAUUGCUGUGAGAGAAGGGCAUUUACCGAUUGUGCAAUAUCUUCUACAGCAAGACUCCUUACUGUGGGAUACAGCAAGUAAGAAUGGACGGACACCACUACACACAGCAGCACUGCAUGGUCACAAUGAUGUGCUGGAGUACAUGUUAAAUAUCUGUGGCUACGAGACAGACAUGAAGGAUAGUUGUGGCUCCACACCAUUCAUGGACACAAUCAGAAUUCAGGACAUUGACACUGCGAAACUGCUAAUCUCAAAACAUAAGGCAGAUGUUACAGUGGAGGACAAUUUGGGAAGACAGGCCAUUCAUGUAGCAUCCCAGACAGGGGCUUUCAAAUCUAUACAGUAUCUGGUGAAGGUCUGUAAAGUAGACCCAUCUGUAACAUGUUCUGGAAAUGGUGCUUCAGCUUUACAUAUCGCAGCAAAGGAGGGCCAUGUGUCUGUUUUACGAAUGUUACUGGACUUUGGUAUUGACAGCAACAUUACUGAUGCUAAAGAAAGAACUGCUCUUCAUAUAGCAGCUGGUGCCCAGCAUGCAGACUGUGUCUGUGUUUUGUUACAGCAUGGUGCUGACUGUAGAGUGGAUUGUUCUGGAACCAGUCCUAAACAGCUGGCUGUGAAACAGGAAGUAAAACAGGUGUUUGAAGACUUUGAAGGUACCUGAAUGCAGAAAUGUUCUAGAAAGACAUCAUACUCCAUCUGAUCCUUCAGAGGAACUACUGAAAGAGCAUUCAUCAUGAUGCCACCCUUAAAUAAGUAUGGCUGUGUUCCACAUAUGUCAGUUGAAAGACAAUUCAUGCACUUAACACUUUCUGGGUGUUUGAGAAUAAGCUCUUCCUGCAACACUUGCAUCAAAAUUUGAAAUGUGUCUUGUGCAUAAUUUUCUUGAUAAAGUCACUGGCUGCCAUUACAUAACAGAAAAAAACUUCUGGGCGGGUUUCAUUUUACACCAGCCAGUGUUUGGUGCUUCAGUGAUUCUUAGCGGGAAAUGAUUAGUGAUUGAAAACUCACAGAACAGAAAUAGCAGUACUUUUGACAGUAUUACUUUUAUUGUUUUAUAUUAAAUAAAAGACAAACAUGCAUAUCAAUAGUAUACAAAGCUUUUUACAUGGAAACCUUGCUAAUGCUAUUUCACAGUAGCUGCAGAAGAAGAAGACGUUCAUUUUGUUACAUACUGCAAUAUGAUUACAAAUAAUCUUGAUUAAAGUACAUGUAAUAAAUAUAUAUGUGUAAGUAG